AUGGCUUGUGGAACAAUUUUAAAAAACAUGAAAGACAGAAUGUUCAGGGUUAAGGAACUACCGUCAUACGAAUCAUUAGAGAAAACUGGAUUGGCUAAAGUCUUGGGAGUGGUAGAUCUUCUGUCUCUUGGUAUAGGAUCUACAAUAGGUGUUGGUAUUUAUGUGAUAGCUGGUCAAGUUGCUCGAUUAUAUUGUGGACCUUCCAUAUUUAUAUCUUUUCUUAUAGCAGGAAUAGCAUCACUUUUAGCCGGAAUGUGUUAUGCCGAGUUUGCUGCCAGAGUUCCCCGCGCAGGUUCAGCUUAUGUCUACAGUUAUGUCACUGUCGGAGAGUUCAUGGCUUUUAUAAUUGGCUGGACAUUGGUUUUAGAGCAUGCGAUAGGCAGUGCUGCUAUCACCAGAGCAGGAAGUGCCUAUAUAGAUUCUGUUACUGGCAAUAAAAUGUCACAGUUCUUCCGAACCUACAUGCCUAUUGAUAUUAGUAUAUUUGCCAGCUAUCCAGACCUAUUUGCAUUUUCAAUUGAUUUCGUUUUAACAUUAUUAUUGAUAAUUGGUGUCAAGGAAUCAAGUCGGUUUAAUUGUAUAUUUACAUCAAUCAAUAUAUCAAUGGUUUUGUUUACUAUUGGCUUUUUUCUUUCUAAAGCUGAUAUCAAAAACUGGCAAACUGAAACAAAGGAUAUACCUAAAUCAGCACAUGCCGGAACAGGAGGUUUCUUUCCUUACGGUGUUGAUGGGAUGCUUACUGGAGCUGCCGUAACAUUUUAUACGUAUGUGGGCUUUGAUACAGUGGCCACAGCAGGGGAAGAAACUAAAAACCCUAAGAGGGACAUACCACUGUCUAUAAUACUGACUAUAACAAUAGUAGCUGUUAUAUAUAUUUUAAUGUCUAUGUCCCUAACACUAGUAACACCAUAUUAUAAGAUAGAUCCUGUUGUUUCUGUACCACUUAUAUUUGAUAGUAUGGGAUGGUAUAUACCAAAGUAUUUCGUUUAUGCCGGAGCAUUUUGCGGUCUUGCUACAAGUCUUGUCGGGGCACUGUUUCCAUUACCAAGAAUUUUAUAUGCUAUGGGUUUGGAUGAUGUUUUAUUUCCAUUCUUUGCCACUAUCAGCGAACGUUUCAAGACUCCGGCAAUUGCCACCCUAAUUGGUGGUACUCUGACAGGACUGAUAGCCACGAUGUUUAGUGUAGAAGAAUUGAUAAGUAUGUAUAGCAUUGGAACAUUACAGUCGUAUGCCUUGGUCUCUGUUUGUGUUAUUAUAUUAAGGUAUCGACAACAAAAUACAGAUGGUAAAUUAGAAAAUGAACAAUUUCAUUUGAAAUAUUUGUUCAUGCCUGUGAGUGAUAAACCUACAGCUGUGACAGAGAAGAUAGUAAAGAUAGUUAUUACAUUAAUGUGUAUGUAUAAAAUUAUUGUAUUAUAUACAUCAAAUACCAAACAAAUAUAUUCAAUAUUUAUUUCAACUUAUAUAUGA